GAUGCACCGAUGUCAAACAUACGCGAAGCGUUCGUUUUGGCUUGAGCAAAAGUUCACAACGUUAUUGACAAAACAAACACUUUUCCACUAUAGUUUGGGUGUAAUAUAAUUCCAGAUGGGUCGCGAAAGAGAAUCGGAUGGAUCAGGGUCGGAAUCGGGUUCCAGCGGUAGUAACAGCGUAAGUCGAAGCCGAAGUGGCACCCCUCAAGUAGCACCAACACCCGGUUUUUCCUUGGAACAUCAUGAUUCGCGAUCCAACUCGCCCAAUCAACGCUCACGUUCCGGCACACCGGCACAGAACAGAAGUAGAUCCAAUUCGGCCGGUUCGCAGCGUUCGCGAUCGGGUUCUGGCGCAAGGUCACGCUCUGGAAGCAGAUCUCCCACACCAGGCAGUGCACAGAAACGUCGUAGUAGAUCACGCAGUGGUUCCGGAUCACCGGCCGGUUCCUAUAGGUCUGGUUCUGGUUCGAGACACUCACGCUCCCGUUCACGGUCUCGCUCCCGAUCCCGAUCGGGAAGCGGAAGGUCUCGUAGCGGCACACCUCAAAACCGUUCCGGAAGUGGAACGCCCGUCAAUCGAUCACGCAGCGGAUCGGCAGCAUCGGGAUCACCCGGCUCAGGACGGAAAUCUCGUUCCCGUUCCCGUUCUGUUCGUUCCGGCUCGGCACGUAGUCGGUCGGGAUCUGUGCAAUCGCCUGUGAAUGAAAAGCGAAAGCGUGCAGUGCUGAGCGAUUCCGACUCAGAUGGUGGAGCCAAAAAGGAAGCAAAAAAGAAAAACAAACUUAUCGACACUGACUCAGAGGAAGAAGCCGCGAAGGACGGUGGAGCGAAAGGGAAGGAUGUGACGGCCGAUGCACUGUUUGGUGAUGCCGAUGACAUCAGUUCGGAUGAAGCGGCCGGUGAAGAGUCUGGCCGGGAGCGGGAUGAAUUGGAUGAUCUGGAAGACGAGCAGCGCAAACAGAAUCAGGCUCGGGAUCGAUCACGGGAAAGAUCCAGAAGCCGAAGCCGCAGUCGUAGUAGAAGCCGUGACAGUGAUCGUCGAUCAUCGGAUGAAGAAGGUAACCGGGAUCGGUUAGCACGUUGGGAGGAACCCAAAGAGCCCGAACCGGAACCGGAGCCAAUUCCGGAGACGCGAAUUGAUGUGGAGAUUCCCCGAAUCGUGACAGAUCUCGGACGGGACAUUCAUUUUGUGAAGUUACCCAAUUUCUUGUCCGUCGAGACGCGUCCGUUCGAUGUGGACACGUACGAGGAUGAAAUCGACGAAGAGGAAACACUGGACGAGGAAGGUCGGCAGCGGUUGAAACUGAAGGUGGAAAACACAAUCCGCUGGAGGAACAACAUCGAUCGGCAGGGUAAUGCACAGCGCGAAACAAACGCGCGGUUCGUCAAGUGGUCGGACGGUAGCAUGAGUUUGCACCUGGGGUCGGAAAUUUUUGACGUAUACAAGCAGCCCCUACAGGGUGACCAUAACCAUCUGUUCAUACGACAGGGUACGGGAUUGCAGGGUCAGUCCGUGUUCCGUACGAAACUUACCUUCCGGCCACACUCGACCGAAUCAUUCACCCAUCAGAAGAUGCUCAUCUCGCUGGCUGAUCGGUCACAGAAAACGUCCGGUAUUAAGAUCCUUACGCAGGUCGGUUUCGAUCCCGAUGCGGAUCGAAAGCAGAACCUCAAGAAGGAAGAAGAGAAGCUGCGUAUGGCGAUGCGUGCAAAGCAGACGUCUUCGAAACCGAAGCGCGGUCGGGACUCGGGUGCAAAUGCGGGCAAUGCGUACCACCAUGAUGAAGGUUCCGACGAUGAGGGUGGAAUUUCGAUCGCGGCCAUUAAAAACAAAUUCAAAGGCGAUAAAGGGAAAGGGGCCGGAUCGAAAGGAAACGCGGCUAUUUAUUCAUCGGACGAGGAAGGUUCGGAUGUGGAGACGGGUCGGCGUAAGAAAAAUAUCGACAAGAAGAGGGCACUCAAAUCGUUGGCCGACUCGGAUGACAGUGAUGCCGGGUCUGGUUCGGAGGGUUCGCACGGAACGCGGUCGCGAUCCAAUUCUGGAUCCGGUUCGGGUUCGGGCGGUGAAGGUUCUGGCAGUGAGAAAAGCGGCAAGGGAGGCAACAAUUCUGAAGGGGAUAGUGACGAGUAGUAGGGUUAGAGAAGACAACAACAAGAAGAUAAUGAUGAUAAUGAUAAGGACAACUUGCUGUUUUUCCUUAAAAGUUAAAGUAAUGCAACAAAUAUAAAUGUAAUAAAACAGACGAGGAUUAAGAUGCAGCAA